CUCCUCUGUGAUGACGUGUGUGUGUGUGUGUGUGUGUGUGUGUGUGUGGGCAGGAUUAGGCCUUAGAUAACAGGAUUAGAAUGUUCCACACACUACUGAGAAUCCUUAAAUAGCCUGUGAGAGUGUCAGCGCUUCAUUUAUCUUGGUGUGGUUAGGUAUUUUCAACCGAUUUUCUGUGGUCCACCACACUGGCUGUCUUCCUGUAUGAUCUGAAAGAAGUUUAGUUGUCAUCUUACAGACAUGGCUGAUGUGUUGAGGAGUCUGAACCUGCUGGAAACACUAAAGGAGUCCAUCGAGAAGAACAACAUAUCAGAUAUAAAAGAUGCCAUGGAGGACAUGCUGAUCAGCAGAUUAAACAUUGCAAUUGCUGGGGACAGAAAUGCAGAAAAAGCCACUUUUAUCAACUCACUUCGAGGGCUGAGCCAAGAAGAUGAAGGCGCAGCCAACUCUCCAUCAUCUGCCGCCCCAGGGGAACUAGCCGUAUUCCCGAACCCCAUACAUCCUGACUUUCGACUCUGGGAUCUACCAUCCAUCUCUAGUGAUCCCACUUUUAAAGCCGAGGAUUAUAUAGAGCGUUUCAAAGUUAUGCGGUACAACACCAUCAUUAUCACAUUCACAGAGAGUCCUAGUGUUAACAGUGUGGCGGUGUGGAGGGAAGUUAGGUCUCUGCAGAAAGAGACAGUUUACUUUGUCUUAUUAGCAUCAGUGAAGGAUACCGAGAAAACGCUGGAGGUGAAGAAAGUGAAAAGUUUAGAAGUGCUCAAGGCAGAAGGUGUUCCUCUGCCCAAGGUGUUCCUGGUACAACCUACCGCUUUGGAGAAGCUGGACUUUCCAACGUUUUUUGAGGUCAUGCGAGGUGACCUUCCAGAGAUCAGGGCGCACGCUCUUCUUCUGGCACUUCCAACGUUUUCCAAUUCCUUGGUCAUUCAGAAGAAAGAUGCCUUCAAGGCAUUGGUGUGGGCUGCUGCCUCAUUAUCCGGUGGCGUUUCUGCCAUUCCCGUACCUCUGGUGGCCUCCAUGGUGGACGCUACGGUGGCUGUGCGGAUUUUGACGAAGGCUCAGAUCUCACUUUGCCUGGAUGACGAGUCUCUGCAGCGACUGGCGAGGCAGCGGGGUCUCGACCCAGCCAGGCUGAAGGCCCUGCGGACCUGCGCUCUCUCUGUGGAGGUCAGCAAGAGUGAAGUUAAAAGACGGCUUGCGGAGGCCGAGAAAGACACCAGUACUGCAACCACCAGACUUGUGGAGCUAGCCAUGCCGAGACACGCCAGAUCCGUCAGCCGAUCUUUCACCGUUAUGCUGCAGGCUCUCAAUACUGCUAUUGAUGAUAUGGGUGCUGAUGCCGAGAAGGUGGUUACUAUGGUAACAGGAGGGGGACAGUAGAUUGAGCAGUACAUAAAAUUACAACAUGCACUUUUCAGUCGACUUGGAUUGAUACCUAAAUGGACUAUAGCAUUUCCUUAAACCAAUAAGCAAUAUGCUAAAUUAAAGGAUUAGUUCACUUUCAAAUGAAAAUUAGCCCAAGCUUUACUCGCCCUCAAG